UGAAGAGUUUUGUUUACAUGGUCACUAGGGGGGUUUAAUGAUUUUUUCUGCAGUUUUUCAUUAUUAUUUUUUUAUAAGAAUAUCAUAGAAACGGAUCUUAAUGGGAAAAUCAAAAUGAAUAUACUUUAAUUUGUAGAAAGAAAAUAUAAAUAUCAAAUAUGUCUCUUGCGGAACAAAAAUAUGACCUUGCUUUGGUAAACACUGUGAAAGACAAGAAAAUCCAGCAAAAACCAUGUGAGAUUGAUUCUGAUGCUAGACUGAGCUGCUCUCUUCCUCUCCACCUUUCUAACACAUCUCCAGAAUUAUUUAACCCAUGGGGUCAUCAUCAAUAUCCUGCUGAUUUGACUCGGGACACAAGCAGUUGGUACAAAGAACGAUUACAGACUACAUAUAUUAAAAAUAGAAAACCUUCUGAUACUAACAAAAAUCUGGUCGGUAAAAACUGGCUGUUCUUAAAAGAUGGCCUAGAUGAUUUCAGAGAUGGCUUGCCACCACCAGUUGAAGGAGAUGUCACUCUCAAGAGUUCAAAAGGGCCUGGACCGAACAUCAAGAAUUCCAGCGAAAAUCUUGCUUCAGUGAAGCAACCAGCUGUAAGAAAGAGGUUUUCCAAACAUCAGAUCUGCUAUUCCCGACUUACUCCACUGCAACAGCAGCGACGUGAACAUAUCAACCAGAUUGAGUAUGGACUGACACAGCAUCCACUGGCUUUAUAUCCGCAUCUGGAGGAAAGCGUGAACCCAGAGCUCUUUGAAGACAUCAUGAACAUCCUGGACCCCGAGAUGAAUCUCCUUGAUGAGGAGGAAGGCUCUUUUGCAGAGGAGGAGGAGGAGGAGGAGAGGUCGGAGAGUGCUGAGAGUGACAAAGGGAGACAAUCGGCACCGGAAGACGAUGCCAAAACUGACCCAAAAGAGACUGAGGAAGGAUUUGUGAGGAACCCUUAUAAGUGGAUAUCAAAGAAAGAAGAACAAGAGGAGAAGAAGAACAAGAAGAAAGCUGGAGAAAAGCCAACUGACUCCUCUCAGGAUAUUCACAUCAAGAAAGUCACGAAGGAAUUCUGCGACUGGGUGGCCAGUCUAGGUGGCCAGAGCAACAACAUCGAGGAGAGCACCAUAACCAGUCUGUUUGCGAGCGGUUACGAGACAAAACCAGCCCUCUCAGUGCCGAUACACGUAGUGGAGUUGACCAACGUACCGCCCGAGCUGCGUAUGUCCGCCACAGUGCCACAGCAGCAGCAGCAGAACAAAAACCUGCCCACCGAGGAGCAGAAGAAAACUAAAUGGACCAAGGACAAAAUGAUGUAUUCUGGUCAGUACGAGCCCAGCUGGGUGAAGUUCAAGUACGGGGCCUGGUAUCUGGACCCCAAGUCCUGGGAGAAGCGUGACGCUGAUGAACCUCUAAUGGACCCCAAGGAACUCAAGGACAAGGAAAUGUCCGAUGCAAAGAAGCAGAGCAAAAACUUGAACAAUGAACUUGCAAUGCUGCAUUCUGUUAGUUUAUUCAAAGAAUAUGUGGACAAAAAGAACAGAAGAAAACCAGAAUUUCUGGACGAGGUGGAGGAGAUUAAGAUUAGGGCUGCUGAGGAAGAACAGAGACGGCUGGAGGCAGAAAUGGCCGCCAAGAAGAAACGUAGUCACCUCAAGAAAGCAGAAGAUGGGGAUAAGACACCUGCAUAGAAUUCAUUUUGAUUUUAGUUUGUCAUUACAUAUGCAUUUUUAUUUGAAUGAGUCCUAUGACUUACCUUGGUAUCAAUGAUGAUUUUUGCCAAAACAUUAGCUGGACUUUUAUUGACUUUUACCAAACUAUUUUUAUUUUUCCCCUACUUGGUUUCUUUCAUUUUUUUUAAUAAAUCCAAUUGUGUUUUUUGUGAUAUUUUUUGAAGAUGUCUCAGAUAUUAAAUAAUUCAUACAUUAACCUUGUGUUAUUCUCUUAAAGAAAUAAACUUGCGACAUAAAAUCUGCUAUUGCUCUACAGUUUAAUGUCCUCUUAUUUCAAAAUAAUUAAUAGAAGAACAAGACUGUUACAGUCAUCUACUGUGACCCCAUCUUAGACCGUGGCAUAUAUAGUUUAGCAAAUACCUGUUGGGUUGGUAGAUUGCUUUAGUCUGCACUCUCUUAUCAUGACUUAUUUACUUUGUAACUUGAUGAACAAGUUGGAAGUUAUAUUAAUAUCAUUUUUUAUUUUAAUUAUCAAAUCAAAUUGCCCUCGAAACUACAGAGUUAUGGCAUUGAAUCAUCUAAUGUUUGCAUUUUUAGUCAAGCAUUUUGUACUCACUUUGUUCCAAAGUCAUCAACUGAUGAUCACUAAAAAAAGUUACUGGUACUAGUAUUUGUAUUUGAAAAUUGUGUUUUACCUUGAAGAAUGGGACAUUGUUUCAUGUAAGCUCUUGUUGAUAUUUAUUUAAAAGUUUAAAACUUCUUGAUUUCAGAUAUAACUUCUUUACAUUGUAUACAAUGCACCAUUCAUAUUGAGCACUUAUUAUAGCUGUUUUUUUAUUGUCUUGUACAUAUUUAAAAUGGAUUUUUAAAAUGGAAAUAUCACAAUCAUGUAUGAAAAAUGUUUUCUUUGUUAAUGUUGAAGAGGCAUUGAUGUUUGCACAAAAAUCUUUAUCAGAGCUGUGAUCAAAUGUAGAAGUAAUGAAUACAAAUAACAUUUACACAAUGACAAACCUGAAAACAACUAGAAAUUAUUUAAUAAUGUUGAUGAUUAUUUGGUCUUAGACAGACCCUGGUGGAGAAUGUUGUAGGUUGUCAUGUUUACAGAAUAUCUGUAAAAAUAAAUUUUGGUCACAUUGUAAGAUUUGUAUUAUUUCAUUUUAAAGGCUCUAUAAAGGUCACAAAUCCAAUUAUUAUGCAUAUCAACUGGUCUUAUUUUUACCGGAUUUCAGUUACUCUUGCAUAAAAACUGCUCAUAACACAGCUUAGGUACAACGUUGUCAAGAAUUAUGGAUUAAGAGAUAAACCUGUUUCAUAAUUGGAAGAAAUGUUUACAUUUUUGCAACUAACGUGAUGUGUAGCCUCAGAGCGUUGACAUAUGCUAAAAAUAGCCGAAAUAAAUUUCAAUUUUAAUUCUAUUUUAACAACUUUUUACCAGCAGAAAGUAACUUAUUAGAUCACUACAAAGGUUUUCACCAUUUAGAAGAGACCUACUUUGUGAGUGAUACCGGAAAGCGUUAAAAGUCAUUGUUAUAUUUUUGGUGACCUGAGUCACUUUCACUUUCUCUUUCGCGAGUAAACAGCGAUGUAAAUAAACUGAUUGUUUGUAAACACAAUUGACUUGGAGGACACUUUAUUUUGAGCUCAAAACAAGUUGUAUUGCUCAUAUUUUUACUAUAAUGUCCAAUAGCAUAUAUAUAUUGUUUUUUUGAUAACCUUUAUAAACAAAAUAUGAAAAAAUAUUUAAAAAUCUGUAAAUAACGACGUAUAUUCACCUUUAUAGAGCCUUUAAGGGACUAAUAUUCACAAACUUAAAAAUGACAAUUUUCUCACUGUUUUUCAUAGAUCAAAAAAAGGAAUGGACACUGUAAAUCAGAUAGCAAAUCACUCUAAUGACAUAGACUGGUACUUCAAAUAGUUUCGUUUAUGAAUGAUCAUCAUUUGAUACUGAUCACAUUAUAAAGUGUAACAACUGAAAGAAAAAGAUUUUAAGAAUGUUUAUGUUGUGUUUGUAUGUUUUAGUUACAACAAGUCAAUAACUUAUAAGUAUUAUAAAAUGCGCCACAUAAUAUAAUGUUUAAGCGUUUAAGACGAUAGCCUUUUAAUCCAAAGGAUACUUAUUUGAGGACAACUGGGAACAAACUUAAUUUCCUUAUUUUCAUUGUUUAUCUUCUAUUUUUGUUAGUCUAGAGUAUCUUGGCUAAACUCUAGCAAUGUAAUGCAUUAACUGACACACCUUAAAAAUUCUGUGUACAAGUCCCUUUAAUAGAUUUGUUGAAACAUUUAUUAUACUGUUUAAUAGUAACACUUGCACAGUAAAAUUCACAGGAAUUCUGGUUAAGUUAAAUUGUAUAAUCAUUUAUUAUUAUUUAUACGCAUUUAUGGUAUAUCAUUAUGUUAUAAAAACCUGUGAAACUUUCGAUAACUUGUUCUUUUACACGUCUAAGAAAGAUUGUAUGUUGUGAUUUGAAACAUGUGAAACAUUACUUUUCAUUAAUAUUUUUCUUAUCAAUGACCAUUUAGAACUUGUGUAAUGUAAUGCUAUUUUCACAAGUAUAUUAAAAUGUUGUAAUGAUUUAAUAUAUGUGUUGUUUAUUUGUUGUAUAAGAUUUAAUAUGAUAUAUUAUAUAUUAUGCUGUUACUUCACAAUAAAAAAUUUGUGUCAAU